AUGGGACGGCGGAGGACCCACCGAGCAUGCGCGACCAUCCCGAGCAUGCUCAGUAGCGCUCGCGGCGCCCCGGACCUUCGGCCCAGAGCUGCGGCCGACGCGGAGGUUUCGGCGGCUUCUGCGGCCGUGACGGGAAGUGAGGUGGUCUGGCUGGGCGACCGCGGCGGCAGAAACAGAGGCGGAAGGGUCGCUGCGGCGACGACGUCGUCGACCCGGGUGACCGAGGGGGCUGAGCGCCGAGGGCACUCGCCCGCUCGGAAGCCGGAUCCAGAGCCGGGCAGGAUGGAUCAUCACCAGCCGGGGACUGGCCGCUACCAGGUGCUUCACAAUGAAGAGGAUAAUUCAGAAUCAUCUGCUAUAGAGCAGCCGUCAACUUCAAACCCAACACCACAAAAUGUGCAGGCUGCUCCUUCAGCGUCUGGACUUGAGACUGACUCUUCUCCUCCACCUUAUAGCAGUAUUACUGUGGAAGUACCUACAACUUCAGAUACAGAAGUUUACAGUGAGUUUUAUCCUGUGCCACCUCCUUACAGUGUUGCUACCUCUCUUCCUACGUAUGAUGAAGCUGAGAAGGCCAAAGCUGCUGCAAUGGCAGCUGCAGCAGCAGAAACAUCUCAAAGAAUUCAAGAGGAAGAGUGUCCAACAAGAGAUGACUUCAGCGAUGCAGACCAGCUCAGAGUGGGUAAUGAUGGGAUUUUCAUGCUGGCGUUUUUCACUGGAAGGUAUGGUGCCAUCUGUGGAUUUGGCCUUUCAUUGAUCAAAUGGAUCCUUAUUGUCAGGUUUUCUGAUUAUUUUACUGGAUAUUUCAAUGGACAGUAUUGGCUUUGGUGGAUAUUUCUUGUACUUGGCCUGCUUCUUUUCUUCAGAGGAUUUGUUAAUUAUCUAAAAGUCAGAAACAUGUCUGAAAGCAUGGCAGCUGCUCAUAGAACAAGAUAUUUCUUCUUAUUAUAGAGACUGCAUCGACCAGACAUUCCUUUCUUGUAUCAAUGUGAAAUUUCCAGAUCGUCUGUAAACCUGCAACUUUAAUAAGAUAGAAGACUACUAAAAGCAGAAGACAAAUUAGUGAGGAAAAGAUAGAGCUUUAUAACUGAAUGGCAGAGUGGUUUAUGCUUAAAAGCCAUUUCUGUUCAUUCUCUUAAAUAUUUAUAUUUCAUGUUUUGCACAGUUGCAUAUGUGCCCAUUUAAAAGAUUUGGGUAUACUUGAAAGAAACCAUAAAGUGGUAGCAGUAAAGUGCAGUCACAUUUGAUUAAUCAGUGUUGGAUAUAAUUGAAAGAGUUGAGUGAGAAACAGUCUUCCAGCAUGUAAAUGCCAUUGACUUCUGACCUGACAUUUAAUAUAAUAAAAAUGAAACUAUUAACCAUGUCAUAUACUUUAGUUUCUGCCUCUUAGAUUUAUCUAGUAACUCUACACAUGAAACAUCCUUUGUUAUAUAUAAAGUUUUUUGAAACCUGCAGUGCUGAUUAUUAGGCUUUGUCAGAUUGUUGAACCAAUAUUUACAUCAUUAUUUAGCAAAACUUUCUGUAAAUAACCAUGCAUAAAUUACUUUCUGCAUCUUUUUCUUAGAAACUGUGUCUAGAUAGCUAUCUCUUCAUUAAUUUUAAAUUAAGUGAACUUAAUAUAUAU